AUGCCUGGCGAAUCUUUCUGUCCAGUGUGGUGGUGGCAGUGUUGCAAGAGCCUUUUCAUUACUUCACACAUUUCCUGCGGAACGUGCAGGCAUUGGACAGGCGAAAUAGUCAUUCAAUGCUACACUGUGUAGGGGAUAGCGGCAGUGCCAGUGAACUAUGCCUGCAUUGAGUCGUGCCUUCUUCACCAAUGGUACGUGUCCUGCUGCUGUUGCCAACGAACCGAAAGAAAACACAGUUGAACAUUGAGUCAGUUUAGACUUGGCGUGAUUAUGAAAACAUUCGUUGUCAUUACGUGACUCCAGUCGAGGCGUGUUGCUCUGCCCCCACUUUGAAUUAAUUAUAUGAGUUCUGUUUUCGUCGUGUUCUACUGGCGUUGGCCUGGCCGUUUCAUGCAACUACGGCCAGUUGACAGCAGGUUAUCUAUCUCUGCGAUCAGCAUUGAAUGCGAGACCUUGCACAGCUAGUUUUGGUGUUUGGGAGAGUGCUACGUCUCAUCUUCAUCCGCUGUGCCUGCUGCAGCCACGCAGGCAGCGCGGUAGACUACCGCACAACGCAAAUGCUCUCUGACCUUAGCACGUCUAAUUAUUUUCCCGAAUUGUUUUUGAAGGUCGACAGGAUCUAGGACUAGGAAGCGAGUGUGAACACCACCGCAGUGCUUGCUCGACCGUCGCGACGGCCAGUGUGGGCUGAACUACUGCUGCUAGCCUAGCGUGUACUGCAGCCCGAAGCCAGUCAUCUGCAUGACCCGAUCAGGGACUGUAAAUGUAAACACAACGAACCUAUCACGAUCAGUAUCAAUAAUCAGUCGAUUUGUCAUUCUAUUCAGUUCGUGCAGUACCUUCGCUACAACCUUUGUCCAUUACACCUACUAUUCGCGAGCGACCACCAGCUGGAAUAGUUCUUCCAUGGUCACCAAACUUCUCGAGCCUAUAAAAGCCAGCGUGCUCCACCUGAAGAGCUCAGUUGUCGACUGGUUGGUAUAGAGCAUCGUCUAAACUGUAAUAGGAUCAUCCGUGCAUCUGUUCUGUAUCUAUUCCAGUUGCUGGCGUCGAAGCAAGUGUCUUGUUUACUACCGGCCGCUCAGCGAAUCACUGUUUCCCUCCUAGAUCUACAAACUGCAGUGCAGACAGGAUUCUGCCUUGUGGCGUCAUGGCUGGAGACGAACGGCGGACAACGUCCCACUCUCAGCGCUACACCAUGUGCAGGCGGUCAAGUGGCCUGGCUUCAUUCACAGGCGCAGCGUCAGUGCGUCAGAUGGCUCUUCCCGUGCUGGCGGUCGUGCUGCUACUGCUUGUACUGCAGCAAGCACCGCCAGCGGCUGCAAGCAUCCAGUGCCAUCUGAAAGCGAAUAUCUUGCAGGUUAUCGCCAAGCCAAACUGCAAAAAAUACCACUACAAUAACUCGACAAUUUGUCAAGGAGACUGCUUGAACAGUGUGAGGGCCAUAACAACGCAGCCAUACUAUGUCAAUGAGUGCCGAUGCUGUGUGCCGGCGAGAACUGAGACCAUACACGUUCACAUUCUGUGCUCCAGCGGCCUGGUCGCGACUCCCGUAGCCAGAGCAUCAUCCUGCGUGUGCAAGCUGUGCGCCUGCGACGCACAGGGUGCCAAGGGAUGCGACCCAUGAGGCACUCGUGUGACAUAACUAUCAUAGCGUUGGAUGACGUUGAGAAUGCAUGAUGUAAUCCAAAGCUAUGCAUGAUGUCAUCCCCGGGCCAGUCACGGUUGACCUAGUAAAAGCAACAUGCUGGAACUGAAGUGCACAUGAUCAUGCCACUUGUACAUGCUUAGAAACAGUCACAGGCGUAUUCAGACACUGGACUCCGAGAAAGUACACAAAUACUUUGCAUUAUUUCCGUAACUCGACUACCAUAAUAUAAGGGAUUGACCCGUGUACUCUACACUGGUACACAUGUGAGAAAUUUUCUAUUCAACUCUAUUCCCUGCGACUGGACUGUCUCUAAUGAAAGUUCUUUCAACUUUCAAGUCUUCUUUCCCCCAUUUUGUCAAAGAUUUUUCGACCUAAAAGUGUGCCUGGAGUUCAGUCGUGUAAUAAUAUGAUAUCGGUUGAUCAUACAUCUCAUUGAUUACAUACAAAAGAGAGCGAGAGGGUCCAAUUGGCUAACUCAAAGUCUCGUGCUGAGGCAGUCAUCAUGCAUCUCAUUGAUAAUACAACUUUUUGUACAGCAAUUGCAAUCUGCUUGAGUAUGCCAAUCUGAGAUCAUGAUGCAUGACGCAUUAGGCAUUUAGGGUGUGGAUCUCAAAGAGUAUUUUCGCUAGAUUUCAGGCAGUAAAGCCUAUAAUUAUAAAGGGAGCCUCGUAUUCAGAAUCACUCGUACACAGUCUA